GUAAUAGCAGAAAACAUAAUUUUGUCAUUGAAUGAGGAAUACAUUGAUGACAAUCAACAGUUGACAUUGAGAGAGGGAGAUGAAGUAGCAGUCAUUCCUCCCAUCAGUGGUGGAUAGAUGGAAAAUCAUCCUUAUAGAUAGACAGAAUGGACUAUAUAGAAAUCACAGAGGAAAUUCUUGAUGUCAAUAAAAUAUCACAGAUGGUAACAGACCCAAGUUGUGGAGCUAUAUCAAUAUUUGUUGGAAUAACCAGAGACAAUUUUGACGGUAAAAAGGUUUUGAGACUUGAAUAUGAAGCAUAUAAACCUAUGGCAAAAAAGAAGAUGAAAGAAAUGUGUGAUUCCAUUCGUAAACAAUGGGAGAUACAUAGUAUAGCCAUGAUUCACAGAAUUAAUGUAGUCCCCAUCUCUGAGGCCAGCAUUGUCAUUGCCAUUUCUUCCCCUCAUAGAAAGGAGUCACUACAGGCUGUGGAAUAUGCAAUCGACACUCUAAAAGCCACAGUGCCCAUCUGGAAAAAGGAAAUUUAUGCAGAUGAGUCAUCCAGCUGGAAGGAAAACAAAGAGUGUUCAUGGAGUAAAAAGUGACAAAGUGUAGAGCAUUUAUAGACUUACAUGUAGUCUGGUUAUGAAGAAAGCCAAACUUUAUCCAGUAGAUGGACAAGAUACAAUAUAUCCUCUUUUUAAAUGCUUCAGGCAGAAUUUCUUGAUUAUUAGAGAGGUAAAUUGAAAUUUGUUUAAUUGCCAAAUGUGUGAUUUUUCAAAUCUGAAGUUCUUAGCACACAUACAUGUACAUGUAGUAUGUUAUGGGGAUUAAGAUUAUUGGUAAUUAUAUAAUUUUAACUGAAAAAUUACUUUCACAAAUGUAAAAUUGAACAUGGGUGUGUGAAGAGAUGCUGUACUUCAAGUUAAAGAUGAAUUUGAAUCAUGCAGUGCUAUUUUACUGUUCAAGUAUGAUAGAAAAAUAUAUAUUUAUUAGUAUUGUAAUACAUGUAAUCAGAAUAUUUACAUUGAUCAUAAAAAAUUAGUACUAUAA